AUGCAAAAUAUUAAAUUGAGCUAUGGGAGAUUUUCAAAUGAAGCGCUAAGUUUCAUAUUGGCAUUUACAUACAAUGUCGAAAAUUCAACAAUUCAUUAUAAAAAAAUUUAUGUAUGCAAUCAAUUAUCGCCAUUAGAUGCAGUUGCUGUGAGAAAAUUUAUUGGAGAAUCCAAGGCAGUAAAAUUACUCUCAUCAAUAUCAUGGUCUGAUCGCUUAGAGGCAUGUGUUAAUCGUCUAUUAGGUUGUUUGUCUUUUGAAUGCACAAAAGAAACAUUGCGCGAAUCAUGUUCGAAUUUACUUCGUCAGGAAAAUCAGAGUUUGCUAUUCUUCCCCGAAGGAGAAUAUACGAGUGGGGUUGGCAUGUUGAAAUUUGACUUCCAACCACCAUGCUCUGUUCCACAAGGCACAACAGAUGAUAAUUAUUGCGAAAUUGUACGAGAAAAUAUGUGUCGCUCACUGAAUGUUGAAUGUACCAAAUAUACGGAUGGUGAUGUAAGAGAAUUGAAGAAACACCCAUAUCUAUUUACACAGAGACAAACUCAGCGACGUUUGGAACUUGAACAAAUGGUAAGAAGUGUGCAACAAAUUAUUCAAAAUAUUCCGGCAGAUAUUGUUCGACGAGAUCUGAUGAAGACAAACAAUUUGCAACAGACAGUAGCAAAUUUAAAAGCGGAAGAAGCACGAAGAGUACAAGCGAUAAUGAAAAAUACACACGAUGAUCUCGUUUUGAAUGCCAGUGUAAUAAAUGAUUGGUCUCAUUUGUCAAAUAUUGGACUAACAAAUGAUCAGUGGCAGCGAAAAGUUAUAGUUGUAGAAAAUAACGUAAAAUGUAAUAGAUAUGAGACGCUGAAAUUAUGCGAGAAAGAAAUAUAUAUACAAACAAAAUUAGAUAAAUUAUUAAAAAUCCAAGAAGAUUAUUUACAUAAGCAAUGGGAUUUAGAAAAAAAAGAACAAAGUCUAUGUAAAAUACUAGAUGCAUCACCAUUGGGAAUUGAUAAUGAAUCUACCGUUGGCCUGUUGCCCUAUAUUGAAAAAUUACAGAAUCAUUUGUUAACACUUGAGGCAUUGAAAGCGUUGCGUUUACAAAAACUGGCAGAAUACCGUCAAAAUUUAUUAAAUUCGUACGAAAAAUUGCAAUUAGAACCGUCAUCAAUACCAUCAAUUUCACUAUUAUUAAACGAAUGUUAUGAUCAAUAUUUGACAGAAGAGGCUCUCAACAAUAUUCAAAUUGUAAUAAAAGAUCUUGACAAUCAAAUUCAAUUGCAAAAAGAUCAUUUUCAUCAACUACGUCAAACAUUAACUUCACUGUAUGGAACAUUGAAGAUAACAGAGGAUAAUUUUUGUUUGGCAUUCAAUGAAACAUCAGUUAACUCAAUUAUUAUAAAGCAGCUUGAAAGUGAAAUUGAACGAUGUCGUGCGGAACGUAUGAAAAAUGCUCAAACAUAUGUGGAUAAUAUACGUACAAAAAUUUUAAAUGAAUAUGAAAAAUGUCAAGUUGGCAUAAGUGAACGUAACUGUUUGAUUGUCAUUGAUAAUGAAAAAUUAUCACCUGAAAAACUUGAUAAAUACGAUCGUGAAUUGGAACGUUUAGAACAAUUGUAUAUUGUUCGGCAACCAAUUAUUGAUUCUUAUAAAUUAUGGCUUAAUACGUGGAAUGAAUUUGUUAAAUUUAAUCAAUGGUCAAAAAGUUCCGAACGAUUUCAUGAACGAGGCUACAUGGCCUCCAAAGAAGUACAACAGCGUAAAUAUUUUAAUCAAUUAUUACCAAAAUUAGAAGAAGAUUUAUUAAAAAAAUUACAAAUAUGGAAAAAUGAAAAUACGGAUUGUGUAUUUUUAUUGAAUGAUAAAUCGAUAAAAGAACUUUUUGACGAGAUAAAAGAUGAAAAAUCAUUACAAAAGACAAUAAAUACUGUUUCAGAAAUAAAAACAGACGGUGAUAUAAAAAAGAAACCAUUGUUAAUCAAAACACAAUCAAAAAAAAUUUCUGUAGCAAAAUCAACUAUUGUCGAGUCUAAACCUGUUUCUACAGGCGUAUCAUCUCAGUCAAAAGUUUUAAAGGUUCCAGCAACAAAUCAUGAUCAAACAACACUAAGUAGUUUUGAACAAAUAUUAACUAAUUCAAAUGGUCACGUUAAAGCACUGACAUCAACUCCCAAUUCCUCGUUAACAACAAUUCUGGCAUCAUCGCAAGUUGUGAAAAGAUAUAAAACACAAACUAGAAAAAGUUCAAAACGUUUGCAAAAUGGUAUACAAUUACAACAAAGAAAAUUAGCAUCGAAAACUUAG